AAUGAAAUGGACUGAGUGUUGUUUAUGUCUUGAUCUUAAUUAAAUCUGUGGCUCAUAACUGGAACAUGGAGUUUGGAUAGAGGAAAGGCGGCAUGCUUAUUCCCACUUCACUUUAAUGUCUGUAAACCCAAAGCUCAGUACUAAUUUGUGUUCAAAGUUCCACACUUUCCGUUGGAUCCGAAGUUAUUCCUCCCGCAACUUUUCCAAGCCCAUCCCUUAUUCGUCUCCCCAAAUAUACGCCUGCAAUGUCAAGAUCGCCCAGUUAUCCCGCUCCGGGAAGAUCCGUUCUGCCCGGAAGGUGUUCGAUGAAAUGCUCCACAGAGAUGCCGUGUCGUGGAACUCGAUGAUCACGGCGUACUGGCAGCACGGGCUUCUCGAGGAAUCCAGGAAACUCUUCGUGUCGAUGCCAAACAAGAAUGUGGUGUCAUGGAACUCAAUGAUCGCUGGCUGUGUAGAAAAUGAUUGCAUAGAUGACGCUCGCCUCUACUUCAGCACCAUGCCAGAAAAGAACCUUUCGUCGUGGAAUGCGAUGAUUUCUGGUCUCAUCAAGUUUGGAAUGGUGGAUGAAGCUGGGAGAUUGUUUGAGGAGAUGCCGAGGAGGAACGUGAUCACCUAUACUGCUAUGAUAGAUGGGUUCAUGCAGAAAGGGGAAGUGGAGAAGGCUAGGGCCUUGUUUGACUUUAUGCCUAUGAAAAAUGAAGUUUCUUGGACUGUGAUGGUAAGUGGAUAUGUGGGCAAUGGCUGUCUUGAUCAAGCCAGGGAUUUGUUUGAGCAGAUGCCUUAUAGGAAUGUUGUUGCUCAAACUGCUAUGGUAUUUGGGCUCUGCAAGGAUGCUCGUCUUACAGAAGCGAGAAUACUAUUCGACAAGAUUCGUUCUAAAGAUACCGUCUCCUAUAAUGCCAUGAUUUCAGGUUAUGUGCAAAAUGGUGGCAGUGAGGAGGCGUUAAGUCUACUAAUACAAAUGAUGAGGAUGUGUCUACAACCUGACCUUUCAACUUCUGUUUCUGUUCUAAACGCGUGCUCAAAUCUCAUGUCCCUCACAUUGGGAAAACAAAUACACACUUUGAUUCUCAAAAACGGGUUGGACUCAAACUUCCCACCAAAGCAUGCUUUGAUCACCAUGUAUGGUAAAUGUGGCAGCAUCGUUGAUUCGGAAUCUGCUUUUGAAGUUAUCGGCAAACCAGACUUACUUUCAUGGAACGCCAUCGUAGCCGCAUUUGCACAACAUGGACUGUAUGUGAAAGUUGUCAAACUAUUUGAGCAGAUGACAUCCGAUGGACAAGAACCAGAUGGGAUAACAUUUCUAAGCUUAUUAUCUGCUUGUGCUCACACAGGAAUGGUUAAAGAAGGCAUAUUUUGGUUCGAUUCGAUGAUCAAAGAUCACAGAGUUAGUCCUCAGCCUGAGCACUAUGCGUGUUUGGUUAGUAUUUUGGGCCGAGCCGGGCAGCUGGAGAAAGCCUUUCGGAUCAUCAAAGAGAUGCCCUUUGAAGCUGAUUCUGCAGCAUGGGGUGCUCUUCUUGCAAGCAGCUGUGCUUACUCAGAUUUGGAGCUGGGAAAGAUCGCCGGAGAGAGAAUUCUGGAAUUGGGUGAUCGGAAUUCAGCAUCGUAUGUCACUUUGUCUAACAUAUAUGCUGGUGCUGGGAUGUGGGGCCAGAUCUCGAGAAUGAGAAGCAUGAUGAAAGAGCAUGGAAUUAAAAAGCAACCUGCUUGCAGUUGGACCGAGAUAGAGAGUGAAGUCCAUUGCUUUUGGGCAGGUGAUUCUUCUCAUCCAAACAUGCUUGAGAUUCAUUCGGCAAUCAAGAAUAUGAAUUUGCAGAUGAAAUCCCAACUUGACUUCUUUAAAGAUGACGAUUUCCCGGACAUUUUCCUUGCCUGAAAUGAUAUUGCUGUCUUCAGCUUCUGGGAUGACAAUGCAGUGUUUCAACCAAGUCAAAUAUUCACGAAGAAACGACAUUUCUGCCACAAGAAGUGGUGAAUGCAAAAGUUGCUAAUGUCUGAAAAGUGAUAUGUAUAUGGUGCAUUCCAAGAUUACAUAAAUUCCAACUUCUUGGCAUAAGAAGAAAAAAAACAUCUUGGGAUUCUUGGCUAGAUAUUGCUCAUAGAGUGUCGUUCGCUACAACAAACAUUGCAGUAAAACAGAUAAACAUGUUUCUUCUACAAUGUUGAGAAUGAUUCUCGAAGUCCGGGCUCUGGUUGGAGAGGUGAGAUCUGAAUAAUGUGGUUGAGACUCUGCUUAAUGCCCUUCCCCAUAUCUGUCAAAAAAUACAAUUUUCUUGGUAAUGUACUUCUGUCCAUUGCCAAUGGAGCUAAAAGAGUCAUUGUUUACAAUGUUUUAGUUUCGGGCACAUAGAUUAUUAAAUCAAUAUGGAACACCAAA